AUGUAAAAUGCAAGAACAUCAAGCUAGCAAUCUAGGUCCCUGUAGGUCCCAGGCACAAGUCUUUCUUUAUAAGACAUAACCGCUCUUUUGCCUUGAGUUAUUAAACAACAUGGGUCGUGUUAGGACAAAGACUGUCAAAAAAGCCGCAAGGCUCAUCAUCGAGAAAUACUACACUCGUUUGACUCUUGAUUUCCAUACCAACAAGAGAAUAUGCGAGGAAAUUGCAAUUAUUCCCAGCAAACCCCUCAAAAACAAAAUUGCUGGUUUUGUUACACAUUUGAUGAAACGUCUUCGUCAUAGCCAGGUUCGUGGUAUUUCAAUUAAACUUCAAGAAGAAGAGAGAGAACGCAGAGACAAUUAUGUACCUGAAGUAUCUGCUCUUGAACAUGAUGUUAUUGAAGCUGAUCCAGACACCAAGGAGAUGCUUAAGAUGUUAGAUUUCAGUAACAUUUCAGUCCAAAUUGUACAGCCACAAGCUCAUCAAUUUACCAGACGAAACUAAUUUAGUUUCAUAAUAAAUUGCUUAUAUUAAAAAAUUGGAAA